GAAACAACAACAAAUCAAACAACAGCAACACGGAUACUCGCAGCAGCGACAGUGAUACGUAACAGAGACAUAAACUACAAGACACAGCGCUCAAAAUACCAAAGACAACCGAAGCCCCAUUUCCGCUAGGCAAUCGAUGCAUUGAGCUGCCUUCGGCCUAGACUCAACGCACAUAGCCAGAUCCCUGGUCUAGGGCUGAUCAGCUCCUCAACGGAUUCGCUAGCGAGAAGAGAGAAGGAGACAAAUAUGCUUCAGCAUCCCGCCACAGAUUUCUACGAUUUGGCUGCGGCCAAUGCGGCUGCGGUGCUCACGGCACGGCACACGCCGCCCUACAGUCCGACGGGGCUGAGUGGGUCGGUGGUAGCGUUGCACAACAACAACAACAACAACAACAACAGCACAAGCAAUAAUAACAAUAAUCUUGAUAUGUUGACGCACAACGGCGGCGGCGUGGGCGGUGUGGGCGUAGGUCUGGGCAGCGGCGGCGGCGGCGGUGGUGGGCUGAGUGGCGGCAUCAAUGCCAGCGGACUGCACCUGAGCAGCGGCGGCAGCAAUGGCGGCGCCACAGCCACAGCCGGACGCGAGGCGCUGCCCAGCUUCGGCUUCACGCAGGAGCAGGUGGCCUGCGUGUGUGAGGUUCUGCAACAGGCGGGCAACAUCGAAAGACUGGGCCGCUUCCUUUGGUCGCUGCCACAAUGUGAUAAACUGCAACUGAACGAAUCUGUGCUGAAGGCCAAGGCGGUCGUCGCAUUCCAUCGUGGCCAGUACAAGGAGCUGUACCGGCUGCUCGAGCAUCAUCAUUUCUCAGCCCAGAAUCAUGCCAAGCUGCAGGCUCUGUGGUUGAAAGCGCAUUACGUGGAAGCCGAAAAACUGCGCGGAAGACCUUUGGGUGCUGUGGGCAAAUAUCGUGUUCGCCGUAAAUUUCCAUUGCCCCGCACCAUUUGGGACGGCGAGGAGACGAGCUACUGUUUUAAGGAAAAGUCCCGUUCAGUAUUGAGAGACUGGUAUGCGCACAAUCCGUAUCCAUCGCCACGGGAGAAACGCGACCUGGCCGAGGCCACGGGACUGACCACGACACAGGUUUCCAAUUGGUUCAAGAAUCGACGACAAAGAGAUCGCGCGGCCGAGCAUAAAGACGGCUCUACGGACAAACAGCACUUGGACUCAUCCAGCGAUUCGGAAAUGGAAGGCAACAUGCUUUCCAGUCAAAGCGCACAACAACAACAGCAGCAGCAACAACAUGCUAAUGCACCGCACCUCGCUCAUCACUCACAACAGCAGCAACAGCAACAGCAACAAUCGCCCAGCAGCAGUAACAACAACAACAACAGCAGCAAUGGCAACAGCAACAGUUUGCAUCAGCAUCAACAACAGCAGCAGCAGCAGCUGCAUCAACAUGUUGCCGCCGAGCAAAGCCUGCAACAGCACCAUCAACAUCAGCAGCAUGUUGCCAAUGCAGCGGCCGCCAGCAAAAGCAGCGCAGCUGCCGCCGCUGUUGCUGUCGCCGCCUCCCAAAUGCCGCCCCUCUCUGCCGCCGUUGCCUACUCGCAUCUGCACAGCGUCAUGGGCGCCAUGCCCAUGUACGAUAUGGGCGAGUAUCAGCACUUAUGAUUCUAGUUGGAGGCUGCUGCUGCGGCCAGUAGCAGCAGCGGCAACAACAUCAACAACAACAGCAACAACUGCCACAGCAGCAGCAGCACUAGCACUAGCAACAGCAACAACAACAACAACAACAGCUGCGAAUGGCCAGCUAUGCUGCGUCAACGCCAGCCGCGCAGCCUGCAACUGCAGCAGCAGCAGCAGCAGCAUCCGGAAAGCUUUUACUUCUAAAGCAGCAAUAAGAUAAUAGAGAAUCGCAAACUAUCAACAGUUAGCAGCAGCAGCAACAAAUUUUAUUUAAUCAACAAAUAGAAGCACAGCAUUUUUUCAAUAUCAGCAAAACAGUUAAACAACAGAUACAGAUACAGAUACAUAUAUUUACAGUUAUGUAGUAGAAAAGGCUAUAGACAGAGAAUGGCAGCAAAAUCUGUUGCCAAUUCUUGAUUAGAGAAAAAAUAAUGGAU